AUGACGGUGAGCGUCGAGAACGAUUCGAAAAUGAAAUUCAACAAGACAGAAACGGAGUACAACAUGAAAUCCAUCAGAUUUCUAUUGCUAACAAUCACAACAAUGUUCAUAUUAAUUUCAGGUCUCAUGAUUAUUCUGGGGAUAUCGGUCUACUCGCAUUACCAUAGCUUUUCGUUCUUCUACGAAAGUGCUAAGAGUGGCAGAUUCUUCACUCCCUCGAUCCUGAGUGCGCUUCUGGGCUUGGUGCUGUUUGUGGUCACGUUAUUCGGUUUCUUCGGCAGCUUGAAGCAGAGCACGUGUAUGGUGAAUUUGUACGGCUUCUUGUUGACUUUGAUACUCAUUAUCGAAAUGGUCGUGGUAAUACUUGCUUUCACUAUGGAUCAUGGCACAAUUAUGAACUUCCUAGACAUACCCAUUCGUGAUUACGUCUAUGAUCCCGAAAUACAGGAUGAAAUUGAUCGUUUACAAGUUUCGCUAAAUUGCUGUGGCAGUGACUCUUACUUGGAUUACGUCGGAAUGGAUUUUACGAGUAACCAUUCCACGGUGGUCGUUUCAAACGUGAUCGACGGCGAUAAGAUAACCGUGAUCCUGCCAGAUUCCUGCUGUGUCAGCAGUUACGAUGGGUACUGCACACGGAUGAGGAUAACUUACUGCAAGGCGGCUUUGCUCGAUCUUCUGGUGCAGAAUUCCAGCGUUAUAGGCGUUCUUGGCGUUUCCGUCAUGUUUAUACAGUUGCUUGGAAUCAUAUUCGCUUUACUUUUGGCGCGUUGCAUACGAAAAUUGAAAAGUGAAAGAGCUUUCAAUACAUGGAAGGUCAAGGAGCAGAUGAUCCUUGCAAGGCAAGCUACCGAAAAGAAAGAAGACAGUGUAUACAUCGACCAUCCGGACUCAAGCACAGCA